UGAGGCCUAGUCGGAGCGGGGAAAACAGCGACCUGCGGGGGAAUGUUGCAGCGACGGACACGCGCCUUCCCGGGUUCCGAGGCCGCGCAGAAAGGAUGAACAGACCGAGCUCCUGACUUGACUUUGUAAACCAAACAUUUUGGCAUCCAACGAAACAACAUCACCACCUGCUGAUGGAGAAAUGAUCAUCACACUUUUGCAUCCAAGGGCAGUUGCGCCCUGUUACGGAGCCGGAAGAGGAGGAGCUUUCGUACGCGUCCGCUCUAGGCGGCGCCGUGGAGGCCUGCGUCGGUGGUGUUCGCGCGCUUUGUGAUGCCUGAUUGUGUGGCGGAGGCCUGAGGCGGAAGCGGAAGCGCCCGGGGGCGGGUUGCGCGGCAACCGGGACCGUUGGAGGCCCGAGGCGUUCGUGAGGCGGUUGACGGCCUUCGAGCGGAGCCAGGACGGAGAUCUCUGGAAUGUUCUCUUUUAUGGUGUCGAGGCGGGAAUCUGUGUUCUAAGUCACCCCAAUGGAUGCAGAGAGCGAUGUUGCAUUAGAUAUUUUGAUCACCAACGUAGUCUGCGUCUUUCGAACAAGAUGCCAUUUAAACUUGAGAAAGAUUGCAUUAGAGGGAGCCAACGUGAUCUAUAAGCGUGAUGUUGGGAAAGUAUUAAUGAAGCUUAGGAAGCCCAGGAUUACAGCAACCAUUUGGUCCUCAGGGAAAGUAAUUUGCACAGGAGCCACAAGUGAAGAAGAAGCUAAAUUUGGAGCCAGACGAUUAGCCCGCAGUCUACAAAAGCUAGGUUUUCAGGUGAUUUUUACAGAUUUUAAAGUUGUCAACGUUUUAGCUGUGUGCAACAUGCCCUUUGAAAUCCGACUGCCCGAAUUCACAAAAAGCAACCGGCCACACGCCAGCUAUGAGCCAGAGCUUCACCCUGCUGUCUGCUACAGAAUAAAGUCUCUCAGAGCGACUCUACAGAUUUUCUCAACAGGAAGUAUCACAGUUACAGGGCCAAACGUAAAGACUGUGGCUACGGCAGUGGAGCAGAUCUAUCCGUUUGUGUUUGAAAGCAGGAAAGUUAUUUUAUAAGCGGCCCGUUCCUGGCGAGGCGAACUGAGGCAAGCACCUUUGCUAAGACCGCUACAGGUUGGACUUUUAAAGGAGAAUGGAGAAGGGCCGCUGGACCAACUCAGCCGAGAAAGAGAGAGAGAGUGGUGCCCGGCUUGGCCCCAGUGAGACACCCCCAUCCCUUUGGGGAUUUUUAUUUUGAACAGUGCUGUAUUGUAAAAAAAACAACACAAAAGUUUACAAAGUUCGUGAAAUUGCUGCUUUUUACAGGACGUUUCUAUUUAUUUCUGCAGUAAUUUCUGUGUGUUUGUAAGCGGAAUUUGUCAUGAUAUGCACUAACUCUGGAAACACGUUGUUUAGGUUGGGCUUGUGUUUUUAUUAUUUGUGAAUAAAUUAGUCUUUUACAUUUUUUUUGUACGUACGCUGAUGACCGUUGGGCACCAAAGAAGCUAUAGACGUUAACCUUUUUUUUUUUUAAACCGGAAAAACAAAACAUACACAAAGAAUAAUUAAAAAACCGACAAAACUUAUUCCUUCCCCCAAUACCUCUUCUGUUACAUUCCUCCUCCUUUUUUUUCUAUUAUCAGUUGUAUAUUAGUCACUAGAGCAACGUUAGCAUAAUCCUUUGCUUCUCUUUUAUUCCUGUUUUUGUGCAUAAAGUGAUCCGUAGCAGGCUUAGGCUGAACUGAGCAACAGAUAGGUUUGUAUUUCCAGGUGCAGAACUCGUUCGACUGCAAUAUAUUUGUAACUCAAUGCCACAUUUGGGUGAUUCUUCCUUCCCUUUGUGCUAAACACGAAUGUACUCCGGAUCAAGCAGGCUUUAGUUGAGCAGUGCUGUGCUCUUUGGUGAAGCAUUCAAUAAGCACUUGGUCUUUAUAAAAUCGCUCAAGUUGUACCGUUUGCAGUUCAAGUGUUGUAAGGUUCGUUUGAUUUUAAAGCUGUGUUGGGAAAUUUAACUUUUAGAGACUGAUCUAGACGUUCAGGAAAAAUAAGUAUUUCCCAUCACCUGACAACUACUUUUAAAGUUCCAUGUUUUUUGCCAAAUGUUGCGAUGGUACUGUUCUAUUUUAAAAAAUGCUAGCAAGCAAAAAAAUAAAAAGAAGGGAAAAAAGGCCCUUUUCAGCUUUGGCAUGUCAUCUUGGGACUUGGAGAAGUCAAUAUUGUGUGUUUUGGGUUCGUUUGCGCACAGAACAGAUGCAUACAUUUUAAGUGAAACCAGUGCUACUCUUGCCAAUAAAUCUGUAAAAUACAAGCCGAUGGGUCUUUUCCCUACCUGGGUUGAAAAUGGAUAUGGAUAUUGCAGAUCGUGUGCAUUCAGCUGCCAGUUUUGCACUUCGGAUUGAAAUAAACUCAGUGGAGCCCUGUAAAUAAAAAGUUCUAUUGAAACCA